AUGCCAUCAAGACCUAUCCCUCCAAGUCCCAGUUUUCUCAACAAAACCAGGAUCCUCUUCCUGGCACUCAUCAUCUCUGCAUGUGUGGUGAUUUUCUGCUCAGUCCUUUACUUUCUAUACUAUCUAUGGCACUCCCUUGUACACAGAGCUAAAACUACCCCUUUUGAAGCAAGUGCUCCCUUGAAGCUCAAAAGAUUCUCAUACAAAGAGCUUAAGCAUGCCACCAAUGGCUUUGACACAGCCAAUGUCAUUGGUAGAGGUGGCUCUGGCACUGUUUUCAGGGGAAUACUUAAAGACGGGAAGCUGGUUGCAGUGAAGCGCAUGGACGCUUUGUCUUUGCAGACAGAGCGAGAGUUUCAGAAUGAGUUGCAGAUUCUUGGUGGGUUAAGAUCACCCUUCUUGGUGACCCUUUUGGGCUAUUGUGUUGAAAAGAACAAAAGAGUUUUGGUGUAUGAAUAUAUGCCUAACAGAAGCUUGCAGGAGUCCCUCUUUGGAGAUGGAUGCUUGUGUUUGAGUUGGGAGAGGAGAUUUUGCAUAAUAUUGGAUGUUGCUAGAGGGUUGGAAUUCUUGCACCAUGGAUGUGAUCCCCCAGUGAUCCAUGGGGAUAUUAAGCCAAGCAAUGUUCUACUUGAUGCUGAGUACAAUGGGAGGAUCUCAGACUUUGGGUUGUCAAGGAUUAAAGUAGAGGGUGAAUUUGGUAUAGAUUUGUUUAGCCAGGACUUGGGGAAGAGCCAGGAAUUAUGGAAAAGCCAAGAGCUUUCAGCUAAUCAAUAUUCUGAAACUCCAGCUAUUGGUACUCCAGUUGAGAGUGUUAGUGAAGUAGAUUUUGCUCUAGCUUUGCAAGCCUCUUCUUCAUCCAAAAAUAGCAGGACGUGUUUCAAUGUUGGAGCUUUGAACUUGAAUUCUUUGAAUUAUAAUGCCAAUAUAGCCAAUGAGAGUGAAAUCAGGAGUGUUAAUGCAAAGGGCAAAGAAAUUUCAACUUCGGAUAUUGGUGGGGAUGAUUGGAACAAUAAGUUUGUUCCUUACGAUGAUGAUUUUUCUAGCAUUGAUCAUAGUAAGGAGCUAACUGUUAACUCUUCAUUGGUGGAUGAUGAGAAGACAAAUGGGAAACAAUGGGGAAAAGACUGGUGGUGGAAACAAGAUGGAAAUGGUGAAUUAUGCAGCAAAGACUACGUCAUGGAGUGGAUAGGGAGUCAGAUUAGUCCAUCAAACCCUGAUUGGGAUGAUGGGAAGAACAAUAUUCAUGAGAAAAUAGAGUUGGAAAAUUCUAGUCCAAUAGAUAAACCCAAUGAUGCAAAUGGACCCCGAAUACAAGUAUUCAGGAUAGGAAAUACUAAUGAUGGAAUUGAGAAGAAAGAAUCAAGAGGAAAGAAAAAUAGUAAGAAGAAGCAAAGGAACAUGCAAGAGUGUUGGAAAGAAGAGCACCAUAAUGAAUUAAGCAAGAAGAGCAACAAGCUUAGAAAACUUCAUACUAAAUGGAAGAAAGGCUUGAAAGUACCACAUUUUGAUUUGGGUAGACGAUUUUAUCUUUGCAGGCGCAACAACUUCGCCGGGGAGAGACAGAAUGAGUGUGAUGUUGGGGAGUUUAGUUUCAGAAGAGGUUGGAAAAAGAAAAGUACUCGUUCCAUUGGAAGUGACAUGUGGAGUGGAGAUCUUUUCAGCCGUGAGCUAAGCAGCACAACUAGCAUGAGAGGAACACUAUGUUAUAUUGCACCAGAGUACGGUGGAUGUGGGUUCUUAAUGGAGAAAGCUGACAUCUACAGUUUAGGAGUUCUGAUUCUUGUAAUUGUGUCAGGUAGAAGACCAUUACAUGUUCUUGCAUCCCCCAUGAAGCUAGAGAAAGCUAACUUAAUAAGCUGGUGUAGGCAAUUGGCUAGAGUUGGUGAUAUUUUAGAACUAGUUGAUGAGAGAUUGAAAGAAGAUUACAACAAGGACCAAGCAAGCUUGUGUAUUAACUUGGCACUCACUUGCUUACAGAAAAUUUCAGAAUUGCGGCCUGAUAUUGGGGAUAUUGUUAAGAUUUUAAAGGGGGAGAUGGACCUUCCACCACUUCCAUUUGAGCUCUCCCCUUCUCCACCUUCCAAAUUAUACAGAAGAACAAGGAGAAAACAGAAGGGCAAUGCAGAAUAG